ACGAAACCACGAAUGCCAUAGUAAUGAGACUGUGAGGAAGAAACCCAAAACCUUCCCAACAUAUCUGCUAUGGUGGAAUUUCGCAAAUCCCUCUCUCCGAAACAACUUUUGAACCUCCUCAAAGCAGAGAAGAACACUCACAAAGCCCUCGCUCUCUUCUACUCAGCAAGUCGCCAGCCGGGUUACGCCCACUCUCCUACCGUCUUCCACCACGUCCUCCGCCGUCUGAUCGAUCCGAAUCUCGUCUCCCAUGUGAAUCGGGUCGUCGAGCUUAUUCGGACCCAGAAAUGCGAGUGCCCAGAAGACGUCGCCUUGGCGGUGAUCAAGGCGUACGGGAAAAACUCGAUGCCUGAUCAAGCACUCGAUGUUUUCCGACGCAUGGACGAGAUUUUCGGGUGUAAACCGGAGGUAAGGUCGUACAAUUCUCUUCUCAAUGCUUUUGUUGAGGCGAACCGGUGGGAUAAGGCCGAGCAAUUCUUCGCGUAUUUUUCUGGGUCUCGUGGGGUUUCGCCGAAUUUGCAGAGUUAUAAUGUUUUGAUCAAAGUUUUGUGUAAGAAACGGAGGUUUGAGAAGGCGAAGAAGUUGUUGGAUUGGAUGUGGAGUGAAGGUUUGAAGCCUAAUCUUGUAAGUUAUGGUACUUUGAUCAAUGAGCUGGUAAAAAAUGGGAAGUUGUGGAAUGCCUUGGAGGUGUUCGAUGAAAUGCUUGAGAGAGGGGUUACUCCAGAUGUGAUGUGUUAUAAUAUUUUGAUUGAUGGGUUUUUGAGAAAAGGGGAUUUGGAAAAGGCUAAGCAGAUUUGGGAGAGGUUGUUGGAAGGGUCCGAGGUAUAUCCUAAUGCUGUGACUUACAAUGUUAUGAUUAAUGGUUUGUGCAAAUGUGGGAAGUUUAAUGAAGGUUUUGAGAUGUGGAACAGGAUGAAGAAGAACGAGAGAGAGCCGGAUUUGUUUACUUAUAGCUCGUUGAUUCAUGGGCUGUGUGAAGCUAAAAAUGUUGAUGCGGCUGAGCAAGUUUACCGAGAGAUGGUUGAGAGUGGCGUGUCGCCUGAUGUUGUUACGUAUAAUGCAAUGCUUAACGGGUUUUGCCGAGCAGGGUGGAUCAGGGAGUUCUUUGAGGUGUGGGAAGCUAUGGGAAGGAGUGGUUGUCGGAAUGUUGUAAGUUACAACAUAUUACUCAAAGGGUUGCUUGAGAACCAGAAGGUGGAUGAAGCUAUUUCUUUUUGGGAAGAUUUUCUUGGGAAAGGUCAUAUCCCGGAUUGUACAACUUACGGUGUACUAAUUCAUGGAUUGUGUAAAAAUGGGUAUUUGGAUAAGGCUUUAUUUAUACUACAAGAGGCAAAAAGUAAGGGAGCUGAUUUAGAUAUUUUUGCAUAUUCCUCGAUGAUUAACGGGCUAUGCAAAGGAGGGAGAUUAGAUGAAGCGUCUAGAGUAAUAGAUCAAAUGGGUAAACACGGUCAUAAACUGAAUUCUCACGUUUGCAAUUCAAUGAUUGAUGGAUUCAUUCGAGCUUCCAAACUUGAAUCUGGAAUUCACUUUUUCGGGGAAAUGAGGAACAAGGGUUGCUCUCCUACAGUUGUCUCUUAUAAUACUCUCAUACAUGGUUUAUGCAAAGCAGAAAGAUUUAGUGAUGCAUAUCUUUUUGCAAAAGAAAUGCUCGAAAAGGGUUGGAAACCAGAUAUGAUCACGUAUAGCUUGUUGAUAAAUGGCCUUAGUCAAGGCAAGGAAAUCAACAUGGCUCUCAACUUGUGGAAGCAAGCUCUUGACAAGGGUUUAAAGCCUGAUGUGACAAUGCACAACAUUGUAAUCCACAAGCUAUGCUGUGCAGGCAAAGUGGAAGAUGCUUUGCAACUCUAUUUUGAGAUGAGGCAGUUGAACUGUGUUUCGAAUCUUGUGACACAUAACACCCUCAUGGAGGGUUUUUUCAAAGCCAGAGACUGUAAUAAGGCAUCGCAUAUGUGGGCUCGCAUUUUAAAAUGUGGGCUACAACCAGAUAUCAUUUCAUAUAAUAUCACUCUCAAGGGGCUUUGCUCGUGCAAUAGAUUGGCAGAUGCCAUGAGGUUUGUGAAUGAUGCUUUGGAUCAUGGAAUUCUUCCAACUGUUAUAACAUGGAGCAUUCUUGUUAGAGCGGUGAUAAACAAUGGGGUAAAUAUUUGAUCCAUUUGGGAUUGAAAAGAGCUUGUUAGUUUAGUAUCCUGUGGCUUUUGAUGGAUUUCAUCAUCUGCACUUGUUGCUUCUGGGGUCACAUAUCGUUUUAGCUUCUCUCAGGAGUUUUGAUGCUUGGGAACCUCGAAACAUGUUGGAAUGAUUGCCACAAGUUGUUUAUAAGAUGCUACAAUAUGCAGUUGCCGCAGGUUAUAAUGAUGGCAUCGAAUCCAAGCCAAAGAAUUACUAAAUAUAAUAAGAACUGCUCAUCUUUUGAAAGAGAUUACAGGCUGGAUUCUUUAUUCUCUGCGUAUCCUGAACAAAUAUCUAAAUUCAUUAU